AGGUCUUUCUCGGCAAGUCCUGUCACGCUUAAAGUUGCAACUCCAGCGCUCGGCGUCCUUCUCAACACCGCAGCAUGCGAUCUACCUCAUCGGCGACGUGCAGUCGCCCGAACCGGGCUGCUGCUGCCGAGUGAUCCAAACAAUGCUCCAAGCGGCCCUGCAGGAGGUGGUGAACGUGAUCAAUCCCGUCCAGGCGGUGCUUGACCUGGCCACUCUCGCCACUAGCUGGGAAGGCGCCAAGGUCAUCCUGGUGGUCUUGACCAACGGCGUCCUGCAGGACCCCACCUUCGCAGCGGCCAUGGCCAUCUGCCCCGAAAACAAAUGGGGCGUCUUGGUGCCGGUGAAAGCGGAUGAACAGUUCACAUAUCCAGACCCCAGCUUCUUCGAGUCACUUUACCAGGGCAAGAUCUUCAGUGCGCAGGUGCUGGAGGCGAUGAACACCGAUUUCCAGCGCGUCGAAAGGACCUACAGGACCAUUUUCAACGUAUUGGCCCUGAAGUUUACUGCGCAUGGCUCGGCGCACAUUUUGUCCACCGAAAUCCUGGUCCUGAAGGGUCGGCUGAUACCACUACUGUUGGAGUCGCCCGAGAUCAUUCGCAUGGAGUCGGAGAAGCGUCUCCUGAAACUGCGUCAGAUGUCCUUCGCCUCGCGCGACGGCUCCGAGCCGAACUCACGGCUUUCGAGGAAGAGCCGACCGAUGAAUCGUUCCACCAGCAAUUGCUUCACCGACCCCAACGCUUCGUACGCCGUGGAGUCCAUGCGCAGCAGUGCCAUGUUGCCGCCGCCGCGGCGGAUUCCAAGUGACGGAAGCGCCGCAGAGCGUGCGGCCCGUGCCACCAUCCAGUUUCGGAUCGACGCGCCGGAGCACAGUAGAGGUCGCAGUGUACAUCAGAGCACCAUGGAUGGACAAGACGUUCAGAUCGUCAGAGAAGAACUGUGAACCCGCCGUUGGUAGACUGCCGGACCCUUCAAGAGGGUCGUGGACGUCGCAAAUCUCCAUCCAAUUGUGUGGUGUUUGGCCACGGAACUGAUUGUUUCGUUAAUGGAGUGGAAAAUCGC